UAAUAGAGUGGAGGAAGUGACGCUGGCGGAAAUACAAGGGACGGUCAGGGAAGUUCGGCAAACACCGAACCUAAGCGUCCUUCUCGAGGUUGUGAGAGCAGGAGGAGGCAAAGAUGUCGGAGAGAAAAGUUUUAAACAAAUACUACCCGCCGGACUUUGACCCGUCAAAGAUCCCCAAGCUCAAGCUGCCCAAAGACCGGCAGUAUGUGGUGCGGUUGAUGGCUCCCUUCAACAUGAGGUGUAAGACGUGCGGAGAGUACAUCUACAAGGGCAAGAAGUUCAACGCGCGCAAGGAGACGGUGCAGAACGAGGCCUACCUGGGCCUGCCCAUCUUCCGUUUCUACAUCAAGUGCACGCGGUGCCUAGCAGAGAUCACCUUCAAGACAGACCCCGAAAACACAGACUACACCAUGGAGCAUGGAGCCACACGGAACUUCCAGGCGGAGAAGCUCCUGGAGGAGGAGGAGAAGAGGGUGCAGAAGGAACGGGAAGAUGAGGAGCUGAACAACCCCAUGAAGGUGCUGGAGAACCGGACCAAGGACUCAAAGCUGGAGAUGGAGGUUCUGGAGAACUUGCAGGAGCUCAAGGACCUGAACCAGCGGCAGGCCCAUGUGGACUUCGAGGCCAUGCUGCGGCAGCACCGGCUGUCGGAGGAGGAGCGCCAGAAGCAGGAGCAGGAGGAAGACGAGCGGGAGACGGCGGCAUUGGUGGAGGAAGCACGCAAACGCCGGCUGCUGGAGGACUCGGAUUCUGAGGAGGACACACCUGCUCCCGCCCCGCCGCGGCUGGCCCUCCGGCCCAAGCCCACCGCCAUCCUGGAUGAGGCCCCAAAAGCCAAGAGGAAGGCGGAGAGCUGGGAACGGAGUGUUGGCACGCUUGGCAGCAGGCCCCAGCUGUCGGGCCUGGUCGUGGUGAAGAAAACAGACCUGGGUGGCAGCACCCGACAGGGCCUGGCGUCACCCACCACCCAGGGGCCUGUGCAGAGCAGGAACGAGGCCGACCCUGCACCGUGGACGCCCGGCACCUCCUCCCUGAGCCAGCUGGGGGCCUAUUCGGACAGCGAGGACAGCAGCGGCAGCAACUGAGACCCCACCCAGGCCCUUCCCCAGGUCAAGGUCCCGCGUCCAGCUUCAGCUGACGGUCGGGGCAGGAGUCCCCAGCAUCAACCAGAGCCAUGCAUGACUGGGCAAACCAGGGAGGCCAGCGAGGACUUCGGCCGAGGGACUUGGUUUCUCCCCUGUCCCCCCAUGUGCUGGCCCUCGGGGUCCUCAGCUCACACUGCCGCCCUCCUGGCCCUCCUUUCGGGGCUGCGGCAUCCCUGGAACAGCUCUCGGCUCCCUGUGCGGUACCCCUUUGACAGCAGAGUUUGGGGCCCGCUGGUGAGAGCACCCACCCCCCGUUAGCUCCGCCCCCUCCAGCCACAAAACCUGCGAACCAAUGAAAGGCACCAGCUGUCUGGCCGGGGCACCUGUCCCGCCAGCUUCUGAGGAGGGGCCUCAGAAACACACAACGUGGCCAGUCCGGCCUGGGUUUUGGAAGCUGUGAGAUGGCAAAGGCUCGUUGAUUAGUGGAGGUUUGGGGAGAAGUUGUUAUGUAGCAAUAGAUCGCCAAUAUGGUCCCUGGUCAUGUGACCAGGAACU